UGUGGAGGCCUAUGUUGAGCAGUAGACGUCCUAUGGCUGAGAUGAUGAUGAUGAUGAUGAUGAAGUACGCAACAGACCGUAGGCUGAAAAAAAUCGCUAAAUACAAAUAAAAAUGUUCAGAAACUAAAUAUAAAUGUAAUAUUUACCUUCUCCGUUACUGUAAAAAAUACAUUAUUAUCAUGGGGGACGCACCACAUUCUCUGGAUGAUCAUGAAAUGCUCAAAGCACUGUAUGACUUCGAGGCAACAUUGCCUAAGACUCUCAGCUUUACGGAAGGGGAGUUUUUCUUCCUUCAACAAAGUAACGCCAAACAGAGAAACUGGUGGCAUGUCGUUAAUAGAAAAGGUCAAGUUGGAUUCGUGCCCUCGAAUUACGUUGCCGGAGUCAAGGUUGAACCAGAAUUCUAUCUUGCGUUCCUGAAUGAUUGCAUGAAAAAUAUAAGUGAAAGUAGUACAAUGUCGCAGAAGCAGGAACUAUUAGUGAAGUUAAAUGAGAAGAAGAAACAAAUUCAGAUAAGUGUAAAGCCGCACGGGAAGAAGGCGCCGGCCCCGAAGCCUCCCCCACGACUGGACGACUGCACUCCACCUAAUGGUGUGUCACCAUGUUUUGAUUUGCGACCUGUAGUUUCACAGCAGCACAUCACUGAAGACAGAGAAUCCUCCCCAUCACCAACUAAGCCUAAUAAUAAUGUGUCUAAAGAUGAUGACGAAUGCAGGAAGAAGCCAACUGUUGGCAAAACAUCAUCUAACCAGGUAUCCUCAGACACUGACAAUCAAGACGACAGUCAGGACAGUAGUGAGAGUAUUAAGCCCCAUGCCAUAUAUGAAAUAGUGCAGGCAGUGCGGAAAGAAACACAGCUAAGCCACGACAUGUCUAAAGUAGCUGUUGAAACAGUGCUCAUUUCUUUGAGGGAGUUCUUACCAGGCGGCGCUGCUAGAUCCAUAAUCGACGCUCUUCUCCGCGAAGCUAACAGUAACAUCACGUGCCCUAAGAACGCUAUUGACGCAGCCCCUGACGCGCUGCGUAUGAUGACGGCUUUGAACGCGCUGUCGAAGGCAGCUAACGACGCUCAGCAGAGAGGCUGGGCUCUUCAUGAUGAUGCACAUGAUAUACAGACGCAACUACUUGAACUUAUCUCUGUUAUGUCAAACGCUGACGUGAACAUAUCCCAGCAUGUGCUGAGCAGCCACAAGUACGCGUAUGUGACGACUCUAGUCCAGUACUAUCAGAUGGAGACCAGGUGGCCCUUACGACAACUACUGCUGCAGGCUUUUGGCGUGAUGUGUGGCUUGGAGCGCACGGCACUGGCAACACUGGCGCUGUCGGCGCUGCCGGCCGAGAUAGCACGGGACAUGCGCGACAACCCCCGCGCCGUCAGCCGCCUCUCGCAUUCCGCGCUGUUACUGUCCAUGGUCUUGUCUAUGGGGGAUAAGCUGCCUAUCACUCAUUUCGAGCAACUGGGCGUGGACUUCGCGCUGUUCCUACUGGAGUUGAUAGAAAACCCUCCGGACACUGACGUGGAUGAGCAGAUCCCGGACCUGUUCCUCACUCUAGUCCUCGCUUACAACCUGCAGUUUGAGGAGUUCUUUGAUAAUCUCCUGCUGAAUGCUUUGGAGACCAGGGACGUUGCUAAGACGUUUUGCGAGAAAGCUCUCCUGCUGCUCAACCGUGAAGAGGAUCCAGUGCACAUCUUCGACCACGAGCCGGCGCCGGCGCACUCGGUACUGAAGCUCGUGAUCGACGUGUUCAGUCGAAAGAAGACGGCCGAGCACUUCUAUACCAAUGACGUGAAGGUGGCCAUCGAUAUCAUUGUAAGGCAGCUGGCUGAUCUGUCUCCUGGAGACACGCGUCGUGAGCAAUACCUGAAGAUCCUGCAAGGUAUAAUCCGCAACACUGACUACGGAGCCCACGUGCAUCGACGUGACGACCUCCUCCGAUGUUUCGCGCGCAUCUUCUGCGAGGAGGGAGAGUGCAGCCGCGACGACCAGGCUCUCGUGCGAGCCAUCUCCAACGAAUUCCCCCAGUUCUUCAAACCUUAAACCCUGAAGGUAACACGUGGCUUUGAUGAUAAAAAAGUUUCACAACCCCAGUGGAAAAAAUCGAGAAAUUUCGAGAACAUUCUACUUUCUUUUUGCAGAUUUUUUGUAGCCUCUUCUAAAGCAAAAGUUGUUAGAUUUGUGAUCUAAAUUUCUGUUAUGGCAACAUUAUGUAAGAAUCUCGAAUUUCAAAUUUAUUAAUCUGUGUUCAGAUGGAGACGCUUAGAUUGGCUGUGUUAAAAAAUGAAACGUAAUAAUGCGGCGUUUUAAGCAUAGAGGUUACUGAACUUUUCAUUGCUUGUCGUUUAGGAAAUCGUAAUGAUUGGCGUUAGUAUUAAAAGAGGUUCCUUUUCAAGCGAGAAGCGUUGAAUUCUUACUCGAAUACGGUUCACACUUCUGUAUUGCGCAUUCAGUCAAUAAACGAGUUUAGAAAUAUUCUUUAUAUGUAAAUGUUAUCGUGUGGCGAAAGAAAUUGCGAAAAUAAUGUGAAAAAAGCAUUUAAGGUGUAUUUAAAU